AGAGAGAGAGAGGAAGAGGGAGGGCUGUGUGGCGUGAGGCAGUGCGUGUGCUCAGUGUUUAGGUGAAUCCACAGCCCUCUGGCUCACAAGAAUAAAGGAUCCUCACGGAGGAAGAGAGAGAAAAACAGCACAGGGACUUUUUCCUCUUUUUUUGUGGUCCUUCUGUCUCUCACUCUCUCACUAGCCACCAGCAUUUUGUUUCUUUUUUUGCCCUUUGUCCUCCUCUUUUGUUCCCUGCAUCCAUCUCUGCUUCACCUCAAUCCAGAGAGAAGGAAGGAAGAGCAGAGUCAGAGGCAUCAUCCUCCCCUCCUGCACGCCCAGCCGGUGGUGGGUGCUGAUGCUGUAACCACUGUGUGGAGCUGACAAGCCCUGGUUGAUGCAGUGAAGUGUUCCAGAGGGAUAAACACAAGUGAAGGUCGCCAGCCAUGGGGAACCUCAUUAAGGUCCUUGGCAAGGAUUUAGAGAACUGUCCACAUUUUUUCCUGGACUUUGAAAGGGGCUCAUGGGAAACCUCCUGAAAGUGCUGGCUUGCGCCGAACUUGAGCAUGGCCCAAUAGUUUUCCUUGACUUUGAACAUGCCCAGCCCACGGAGGCAGAGACAGCCGUGUGGAACCAGGUCAGCGCUGUGCUGGAGGAGGCUCAUGGGAUCCUAGCCGAGCUGCAGUCCUAUAAUGGCGCGGGCCAGGAGAUACGAGAAGCCAUCCAGAACCCAGGAGACCUAGCUCUUCAGGAGAAGGCCUGGAACGCAGUCUGCCCCCUGGUGGCCAAGCUGAAGAGGUUCUAUGAGUUCUCCCUCCGACUGGAGAAUGCCCUGCGCAGCCUGCUGGAGGCGCUGACGAGCCCGCCGUAUGCUCCCAUGCAGCAUCUGGAGAGAGAGCAGGCCCUGGCCAAACAGUUUGCUGAGAUCCUUCAUUUUACUCUCAGCUUUGAUGAGCUAAAGAUGACAAACCCAGCCAUUCAGAAUGACUUCAGCUACUACAGGAGGACCAUAAGUAGGAACAGGCUGAACAACCAGCAGCUGGAAGCGGAGAACGAGGUUAACAAUGAGAUGGCCAAUCGGAUGUCCCUGUUCUACGCUGAAGCAACACCAAUGCUGAAGACUCUGAGCAAUGCCACCACCAAGUUUGUUUCAGAGAAUAAGACCUUGCCCAUAGAGGACACCACAGACUGCCUGAGCACCAUGGCCUGUGUGUGUCGUGUGAUGCUCGAGACUCCGGAGUACCGCUGUCGGUUCACCAACACAGACACCAUGCUGUUCUGUAUGAGGGUGAUGGUGGGCGUCAUCAUUCUCUAUGAUCACGUUCACCCUGUCGGAGCUUUUGCCAAGACCUCCAAAAUUGAUAUGAAGGGCUGCAUCAAGGUGCUGAAAGAGCAACCGUCCAACAGCGUGGAGGGACUUCUGAACGCACUGAGGUAUACAACACGGCAUCUAAAUGAUGACAGCACCUCCAAACAAAUCAGGGCCCUCCUGCAAUGAAAAAACAGAGGGGAGCGGAGGAGAGAGGGAGGAAAGAAGGAGUGCACUUGAAGGAGGAGGAAAAAGAGGAAGAGGAGGAAACAAACGCCAGUGGCUGAUAAACCUGUUUGUUUACAAUGAACAAAGAAAAUCAUGUCCAGGUUAAGAGCAACCUGAGGAUAAUAAGAAGAGGAAAAUAAUUAUAUAUAUUGUCAGCUGUCCAUCAUUCUGUCUCUCAUUUUGUAAAGUAAGAAAAGAGAAAAAAGCCAGAAAAGAAAAUAUAGAUAUAUAUUAAAACAAGUGAAACACGAGCAGCAGAUGAAAAAUAGGUAGGAUUAAAGAGGAAGCUAUAUUGGAAAAUUUAAGGUCAGAACUGAAGCAAAGUAAAAAUGUACAAAAAACAAGAAGAUGUUCCAGCAGUAGUCUGACAAGUAUUUUUGCACACACUUUGAAAACAACGCCAUCUCCUAUCCCCUGAAAUCUGAUCCCAAACUUACUUUCCUGUGGCCCCUCAAAAACUCAAGUUUAAGCAGAAAGGUUUUUAGCGGACGCAGUGGCCUGACACAGCCUCUCUGUCUCCUUCAGCUGCACUGAUCUCCACUUACAGGGGAACUGUGAAGCAAUAUGAUGGAUACACUCCGGAGAUUUGCUUCCACCUGUUUCAUUUUCUUUUCUACAUCAGUGCAGCUGAAGGAGAGAAAGCAAAGUCUAUUUGGGAUGCCUCCAUUUUCGCCCUGAUUUCUUCCUUAUUAUCCAUCACCCCCCCUUUCCCACCCAAUCCAUCCAUGGGAUAUGUGUGUUUUUUUUCCUUGGCACAAAAAAAAAUUCCAUCCACGUAGUGUAUGUGCCCUUAAUGCUGUACAUGUUCCAGCACAAAACAUCUUGUGAGUCGUCUGGCUUUACUUGAACAAUGUCCUUCACUCUCUCUCCAUGGUGCUAAUGUGGUUUAGAUAUCACAGUAAUAGCUUCUUAGGUAAAAACAACAAAGAUUUCUUCAUCCCUUUUUUGCACUAAUAUGUUAAACCUCAUAUUUCAAGAACAGCUGAUCUGCUUUCAGCUAUUGUGCGGUUUCACGUUAGUGCACAAACUGGGAGAAAUCAGAUUCAUCACGACUUUCAAGAUUCCAGAAAGGCAUUCUAGGAAACCACAGCACACUUAAUUCUCUACCCAGUGCCAAAGCUGAUUGGUUUACGCUUGUAUUACAUCAUCAGGCCAGGCUCGAGGGGGGGGGGGGGGGUUGAGUGGAUGGAGUCGUGGUCGUGUAACUGACCGCCAUUUUAAGUAUUUAUGAGGAUUAGAAACAAGAAAUCACACAGAGCCAAGUCAGAGAGUGGUCAAAUUUGCACACAUUGCAUUUCAAGAGAGAGAUCUGAAUGUUCCAGUGUAAAUAUGUGAGGCUUUUCUCAGCAGGCACCUACAUGGACAGCUUGGGUCUUCAAGGAAAAAUACAACAAACAUCGACAUCUGCAUACAACUAGAGUUCUUUCUUUUAGUACGAGGUUGAUAAAGUCGUUGAAUAAGUGGGAAAUAAAAAUGAAAACUAAAAAAGAUUCAAAAGGAGAUUAAAAAGAAGUGCUGUACUUUGGAUGUCUAUAGCCCUUAGUCUAAUUUAAUUUGAUCUUAUAAUAUAUUUUCUAUACAGGGGUAUGUGCACAAACAUAUUCUGUAUAAAUAUAUAGAUGGCAUGUUGUAAAAGUUCUGACAGAAAUGUGUAAAUAAGGUGUUUUUAUUCAUUUUUAAUUGUUCAGUGACGCUGAAAUUGGGUAUGUGUUGUCUCUCAGAAUUACCAUGCGUUUGGCUUGGACCAUCGGACUUGCCGUAGUCAUAGGUUUCAGAAAUUCAGCUUCAUUAUGGCGAAUGAACCAGAGGGAGGGGAGGGACGCUAUGGGGGG